CGGGAAGGGGCAGUGGUGCCGCCCUGGUCGGGGCCCAGCCCGGGCCUGCGACUGUCCCGGACACGAAGUGUCUCCUCUCCCCCUUCUCGCCUGGGGCUUUCAGCGCCCGAAGCCGCCCUCGGGACUGCAGGACCCUGACCUGGGGAGUGAAGCUCAGUGUUGAGCUGCUUCCCCUUCCCGGGCCUUGAUAAAGCAAGUAUGUUUCCUCUCAUACAACGAUGCUGCUUUCAUACACCUUUCAAACUCCGUAAGGUAACUGGUCCCAGACUGCUGCUGUAUGGGAAGAAUAAGACAACUUGCUCCUCUCUCAGCCUCUGUCUGCAGAGAGAUGUUUGUCUUCUCUCAAGAUCUCCAAGCCUCAACACAGCAUCAGUGUCUGCAACCAAGCUCCAGGCUUUUCACACCUCUCUUCCCUUCUUCAAGAAGAAAACCCCCAAAGAAUCUGAAACCAAGGACCCUGGCAUAUUGAAACGAAGUGCAGAGUCACUAAAGGAGUCUCCAAGGCCAGCCCUUUACUUAAGCCUCACAGGACUAAUUCCAUUUGUUGCUGUCCCACUGGCCAUGGCCAUCCAAGGCACCUACUACCCAGAGAUGGCAUUUGCUCAGAUUACAUAUGGUGCUGCAACAGUCUCUUUCCUGGGAGGAAUAAGGUGGGGAUUUGCUCUCCCAGAAAGCAGCCCAGCCAAGCCAGACUGGUUGAACCUGGCUAACAGUACAAUUCCUCCUCUGCUUGCCUGUCAAGCCUUGUUUUUAAAAGAUAUCACUUCUGGUGCAGUAAUGCUAGUAAUAGCCCUGGGAAUAGCACUGCAUUAUGAUGUUUCCCUUCUUCCUCCUUAUCCUAAGUGGUUUAAAGUGCUGAGGGUAGUAGGAACAGUGGUGAUGGUGUUAUCACUAUUAGCUACUGCAGUAUUGAAGACUGGUUUAGAGGCACAGCUAAGUGACAGCAGAGAUGAAUGGAUGAGCACAAAAUAAUAGAUCCAGGGGCAAAAGCCACUUACCUGCCAGUAGGGUUUUUAUACUGAGUUCCAUUGGAAAUGAAGACUUAUUUGUGCAAGUCAUAAGAUAGCAGUGAUCAAGAUGCUUGUUCUCAAAAUAAACAACUUAGCAAGUUUAAUAGGGAUUGAGUGUAAAUACCAGUGCUGUCCAAGGCAGGUGUGAGUGUCCUUACCCACAGAAGAACCAUCACAGUGGAAUGAGAUGUUACUAUCAUGUCAAUUCAAAAUGGAGAUUUAAAUGACAUGGGUGUGAAUUGCUCUAUGCUGAAUGAUUAAAGAAUCUGAUUUAACUGUGGUGUUUUCUAGAUCAGUGUUUAAAGAAACAGCGGAGAAUUAUGCAAAGGUUACACACAUCUUCAGUUCCCAUGUUGUGGGAAUGCAAAAAAGAAAAAACUUUCAGUAUUUCAGCUGAGAAGAUGCUGAGAAUGCUGUGAUGAAGUGCAAGUCAGACAAGGUUUCUUUGCAGUGGCAAACCAAGAUCAGCACUCACUGUAUUUCAUUCAGCUGCUAGGUGGGGUGAGAAAAGCUCAGCAUCCUUGACCAGAUGUCACAGGAGACAGGAGGUCAGCUUCCUCCUCCAGAUAACUUAAAUAAAAAAUUAUAUUUUGGCCA